CGGUUGACUAGCUACAGUCCUCGGUUCAUCGCCCUCAAAUCACUACGCUAGCUGCUACUUCUCGCGCCGUCUUCCUUGCCCAGCGACGACCCCCUCUUCCACCUCCCGCUGCACCACCCCGUACUCGUUGUCCAGCUCCGCUGCAGCUCAGCUCCGGCCAAAUCACUAAUCCUACUUGGCCAGCGACGAUCGCCUCCUCCACCUUCCGCCGCACCUAGUCCACCUCCGGCCGCGGUUCUAGCGCAGCAACCCACCCUCUCCCGAGUCCCGACAAUCUCUUGAGUUACGCCUCUUGGUUGACUAGCUCCAGUCCUCGGUUCCUUGCCCCCAAAUCACUACACUGCUACUCCUCCUAGGCCAGCGACGACCGCCUCCUCCCCAUCCUGCCGCACCACCCAGUAGACCGUAGUCCACCACCCGCCGUGGAUCCACCGCAGCAACCCACCCAAUCCCGACCACCUCUUGAGUAACCCCUCACCCGUUCGACUUCGCCGGCGCACCACUGCACCGCGUGGAUCGCAUCGAGAUGUCACUGUCAGUGAGCGUGACGAUGGGGGUGAUGAGGCCCCUUCUCGGCAAGCUCGCCGCGCUGGCGGGCGGCGAGUACAGUAAGCUCAAAGGGGUGAAGAAGCAGGCGUCCUUCCUCGAGAAGGAGCUCAGCGCCAUGAACGCCGCCCUCGAGAAGAUGGAGCUCAUGGACGAGCUUGAUCCGGUGGCCAGGGACUGGAGGGACCACGUCCGGGAAAUGUCGUACGACAUGGAGAACUGCAUAGAUGACUUCGUGCAUCAGUUUGGAGGUGGUAAUGCAAAGCUAGGAUUCAUGAAGAAGACUGCUCGAAGCCUCAAGAUGUUGGGACAGCGCCACCGGAUCGCUGACCGGAUGGAGGAGCUCAAGACUCUUGCAUUAGAGGCAAAUGAACGUCGCAUCAGGUACAAGAUCGAUGAAUUCAAUCCUAAUUCUAGCUCUGUGGCUAUUGAUCCUCGGAUGUCGGCAAUAUACACCAAGGCUGCUGAUCUUGUGGGUACAGAUGGUCCAAAGAAGGAGCUUGUUAAUUUGUUGACAAGUACAGCAGAAAAGGAGCUCAAGGUGGUGUCAAUUGUGGGAUUUGGAGGACUAGGUAAAACGACACUUGCCAAACAGGUGUACGAUGAGAUCAGAGGGCAGUUUGACCAUACAGCUUUUGUUUCCGUAUCCCAAAAACCUAACAUGACAGGGCUUCUCUAUCGUAUACAACUAAAACUUGGCAUGAAUCGGUCUUCUCGUGUUUGUGAGGUGGAAGACAUCACUGAUGAUCUUCGAAAUUAUCUCACACACAAGAGAUACCUUAUUAUAGUUGAUGACUUGUGGGACCAGUCAGCAUGGAAUACUAUAAGCCGCGCCUUUCCAGAAAGUGCUAAUGGGAGUAGAGUAAUAAUAACCACACGAGUAGAAAGUGUGGCUUCUGCGGCAUGUUGCAGUCGCCCCGAGUUCAUUUACAGAAUGAAGCCCCUCAACAAGCAAGACUCAAAAAAAUUGUUUUUUGGUAGAGUAUAUGGGUCUGAAGAUGACCAUCAAUUUGAAGAAAUUACAGCUGAAAUUCUGAAGAAGUGUGGGGAACUUCCACUUGCAAUCAUUACUAUAGCUAGCCUAUUAGCUAGUCGUCCUGAAAAGUUAAGGGAUGAGUGGGAGAGCAUCAGGAAUUCUCUUGGAACCCAUUUUGCUGUAAACCCCACAGUGGAAGGGGUGAAGAAUAUAUUAAACCUUAGCUACAUCCAUCUUCCCCUUCAUCUCCGGGCAUGUUUUCUUCACCUUGGUUUAUAUCCAGAAGACCGCGAGAUUGAGAGGGAUGAUUUGGUUCGACAAUGGUUGGCUGAAGGACUUGUCAGUAAAUUGCAUGGGCAAGACUCUGAGGUUGUUGCCAAGAGCUAUUUUAAUGAUCUUAUCAACAGAAGCUUGAUUCAGCCUGGAUGUAAUAAGGAUGGCGAGUUGGUAUCGUGCAGAGUACAUGAUAUGAUGCUCGAUUUGAUCCUAAGCAAGUGUGAAGAGCAUAAUUUUCUGAGAGUUGAAUGCAGUCCUGAAGAGAUGGCAAGAGAUCAUGGACGAAAAUACAAGGUCCGUCGUAUAUCCAUGAACCUCGGUAAUGGUGGUGUAGCAGAUGAGGCAACAUCAAGGAUCAUCCCUUCUAGCGUAUCACAAGUUCGAUCACUUGCACUUUUCGGGGAAUCCAAGUACAUGCCCCCUCUUUUGCAUUUUAAGCAUCUCAAGGUGUUUCUCUUUAAAAGUUUAGGCGGCGAAUAA